AUGUGUCGCAGGACGGCCACCGUCUGCAGCUUGCUCGUCGUUGCCGCCGUCCUCCUGAUCCUGCCCCUGCUCGGCUCCUGCGCCGGCGUCUCCGCGCAUCGCCUGUCGCGUCAUGCUCCAGUGAUGCUGCUAGGCGGCGACACGGGAGCUUCUGCUUGGCAGCGCGGCGGCCGGAGCCGGGUGCGUGAAGGUAGGGAGCUACCUGCGAGGCGCUUGGGGAAGAGGGCGCCGGUGGUGAAGCCUCCGUCGCCGAAACCCCAGGGCAUGACGGGGAUGCUGAACAAAACCUCCGCCGACUUCCGAACCAGCCGCCUCGACCUUUCCUCACAAAUUCGAACACCUCAGACGCUUCCAGUCGCCGCCGCCCCCUCUUCGGCUCCUCUCCGCCGCCGGCCGUCGGCGGAGGCGCUCUCCUCGCCUGCACACGUCGUCGCUUCCCCCCUUCGCGCCCAUGGUCCAGCUCCAAACCCUAGCCCCGCCUCCCCUUUGCGCGCCACUCGUCUCGCUCACCUCACCCUCCAUCUCCUGCAGGAUUCCUCCCCUGCCGCCGCCUCCGCCCCGCCCCUGGACGACUGCCUCCGCCUCCUUCGCGGCGAGCGCGACGAGCAGAAGCUGGCGGGCCUCCUCAUCGCCGCCAACGUCUGCCGCGCCGGCGACGCCGCCGCCGUCGCCGACGUCUACCGCGCCGUCGGGCCCCGCUUCCUCCGCCGACUCCUCAACACCGGUAAGGAGACGCGCGCGCGCGUGCCUUCCUGCCCGCCUCGUGCUUUGCGGCGGCGUCUCACUGGUUCCGCUUUUGCUUUGCGCGCGCGCGCUGGCUGUGCAGGGUUGGGGAAAGUGGAGGGCGGGAAGGAGGAGGAGCGGGAGGCGUACCUGCGGCUCGCCGUCACCGUGCUCGCCGGGCUCGCGCGCGUCCCGGAGGUCGCGGCCGACGAGGGGGUCGUCUCCGCCGUGCCCCUCGUCGCCGAGGUUGUUUCCAAAUCGCCUGAUCUGACAAUUACUGAGGAAUGUUUCGAACUUCUGUCGCUCGUUGCCAUAGCCUCUGACGACGGGGCGCAUAAAUUUUGCGAGCCUGGAAUUAUCGACAUGCUCUUCGGUCAAAUCUCCAGCUUUCCCGAGGGUUCAAGGUGCUUAGAGCUUGCCACUCAUCUAAUGCAGUUACUUGUUCAUAAACUCAGAGCAGACAACAUGAGUGUGGAGAGACUGCAAGGCAUGGCGAGCAUGGUGGCUUCUCUUGCUGUGCCUUUCAACGUUCUUCAUACCGCAGUUAAAUUUGAAUCGCUGCACAUGCUUACCACCCUUCUUUCCCAAAAAGAAUCUCCACUUCAUGGUGCUUUGAGAUCAAUGCCGUCCACAAUCUGGGAAUCUCAUAUCCGUGGUGGAAUUAUAGACGUUCUUCAAAACCGUGUUGUAUCCUCCGAAAAACUGCAAGCUCUUCUUUUGGCGGAGUGCAUGAUGUCUAUACUAGGUGAGAGUUGGUUGUCAGAAGAUCAUAAAAUCGUGGAUAACAAGAAUGUUAUGUCCGUUGACAAAUUUGUGCUGCUUGUCCUAGAAUCUGCAAGAGUUGAAGUGGCUGUCCUUCUAAAUGAACUUGCUUUUUCAAAGUAUGAGUCAUCAGAAAGUUCUCAGAUAGAUGGCGCCAUCAGCCAGAAACAAAGAAACCUGGCUAUAUUGUUUUCACUGAUAGAAAGAAUUAUCAAAAUGAUAUCAGAUGCUAGCGGUGGUGAAGGUGAACCAAGUCAAACUAUCCAUGAAAGGACAAUAAUGCAGGCAAUUAAAGGAUUAAAUGAGACAAUCAGUCUAGUGUUGGACUUCCUGCAGGAUGCAAAGGAUCAUGGGCAGAGGAAAGGUGAUGAUCUUUUGGCAGCUGUGAGAAUAGUGGGAAGCUAUCUGGCAGAGACGCCAUAUGCCUGCCAAGAGAAGACUGGACGUCUACUGGAAUUUAUAUUUUCUAUCGAAGGUCAAGAUGAAUCAAGGCCCUUCUAUUCCGUUCGCUUCAUGCUUCCAAUGCUAUCCCAAAUAACAACGACAGCUGAUGGAUGCAGAACUUUGGUGUCGUUUGGAGGCCAUAAAGCAGUUAUAGACUGCCUAAUUAAAAUGACAGAGCAGAAUGGAAUGAUGGUCGACAAUGGCAGCAUCUUUUUGGCGUGCGAUACUAUCAUAAACAUUAUGUCAAAUAGGAAGAGUUCCCAUAUUCAAAUGGAGCCUUGUUUCAUCUGUCUCCUGCAAGCACUUAUUACAUGGGCUGGAACAACUGAUGCUUCAUCAGUCAUCAUGACAGCCUCCAGCUUAUGCACGAUGGUGAUGGAGUUGACAUCAGAAGAGUUCCUCUUGAGCUGCUCUGAUUUCGACCCCAAGACCCUUGGAAGUUUGUCUGACCUCAUUGUCAGAAGCUUGCAUCAGGAUAUUCCUGACGGCGAUAUGGAACAGUUGAACCAAAAGCAAAUAAUCGUAUCAGGCUACAAGCGCUGGGCUGAUCGAUUCCCUCGUGUUAGAAAUGUUGUACAUCAGCAUGUUUCUGUCUGAUCAUCUGUCAGAUCUUCUCUACAUGAAAGAGUUCUUUUGUGAAUGAAAUCCUGAUAUGGGAACCUGAAGUGCUACCAUCCCCUGGCAUGGAAGUUUAAUCUCAGACGGUCGGCCAUUGACCAUUUCCUUAGCUGACCUGCUGCUGAUGUGCCAGGAAGUUUUAACGUCUCAAAUGGCAGCUCACUGGUUCUUCUGUGUAAUGCCUGUUGGCCUGACAAGAAUACGUUUACUGGGGUGAGCAGGAUGGUAGUGCAUACAUAGCCUAACCCUCCUGAUCAGUUGUGGAACGACUGGCAUGCCUUUUCUUAUACACUACACUGGAAUACAUCAAGCAAUAUGCUGAGAUGCGAUACUGUCUUCAUGUAUUUUCUCUGCCUCUGUUCGACAGAACUCUCCUUUCAUGUAACAAAUUAACAGUGAUAUAGUACCGUAUGUGCACA